CGUGAUGUUGGGCGUGAGAGAAUUUCUCGCUUGUGUGGUCAUUGAGGCGCUCAUUCUCGAGCAGCUUGGUUAUGUCUCAACCAAUUCCUCUCUCUCGUUUGGGGUCACCAGCUUCAUCAAGAUUUCUGACUGAGGAACAAUCUCCGAGAAAUAUCGAAGACGUGUUCCCAACUACGCCAUUGUUCGACCAGCCUCCAGAUCAUAUAACUUCACCGUGGAAACGUGCCCUCUUCGACUUGCUCGAAUCUCCAACAUCAUCUUCGUCGGCCUUUCUCGUUCACUUUGCAUCAACUUCUCUCAUUGUAUUUUCUGCCAUCGUUACAAUUUUGGAGACCGUGCCAAGUUUUCACUCUAUUUCCCCUCGAGUAUGGUUUGGUCUAGAAACAAGUCUGGUGCUUCUUUUCACCGUAGAAUACUCCGCACGGUGUGUCGCAUGGAGCUCCUCUUGGAUCUCAUUGGUUAAAUGGAUGUUCUCCUUCUAUGGGGUCAUUGACAUGCUGGCUAUACUACCCUAUUACAUUGAGAUAAUGCUGCGGCAAGAUACCUCUGUUCUGUUCCGCUUCUCCAUUCUGCGCAUGUUUCGUCUAUUGCGGGUCUUCAGGCCCUUCCGAUACAAUAGCACCAUACUUCUAACCAUCGAGGUCAUGUAUCUGGCUGUUCGUAGAUCACAUCAUGCAUUACUUGCACUUAGUUUUUUUAUUGCCAUGGUGUUGACUGUGUUCAGCACACUACUAUACUUCUCAGAGCGUGGUACUUGGGACGAUAAUUUGGAAACGUUUAUUAAUUCAGACGGUGACGCAACUCAGUUCCAAUCAAUACCUGCAGCUGCUUGGUUCGUGCUAGUCACAAUUACUACAGUGGGUUAUGGAGAGAUUACACCUCGCUCUAUUCUCGGGCGCUUGAUCACAGUUCCUCUUCUUGCUUUUGGCUUGCUUCUUAUUGCCCUCCCAAGCUUCGUUCUCGGUAGAGAAUUCAGCCUGGUCUGGGAGCAGAUGGCCGAUGAUGGGGUUUGUUUGUUUCAUUCCCCUUUACAACUUAACUCAGCUAGAUGUUCUGCUUCUCAGGGCUUCGCACGAGAACAUGACCCUGCUGUGGUCGCUUUGGGUCACCAUCGGCUGGAAUCUCAACCUUCAGAACCCCUAAAGGACCUUUCUAAUCGGAAGCUCGCUCAAAAUCAAACUGAGUUGAGUCAACAGAUAUCAGAACUACGAGCGACGGUGGAGAUGCAGAGUGAAAUGAUUGGGGAACUACUUGGAUAUCUUCGCGUAGAGGGAACAGCGAAAGGAAAGCGUAGGGAAAUUGUUGUUAGAAGUGCUGUGAGCUAACACAUGUAGGGUUUGUAAACUUGGCUGUUGUUUCCACUCUCAACUUGAGCGUCUGCCGUCGGGUUACCGGGACGUGUCGGAGGUGAUCUAGCGUUAUCGUUGAUCACGCUGGUGCUUCACGUGCAUGUUCUUCUUGCAGAUAUUAAUAUUGUCUGCCUCAUAUGUAAGUUUGUAUGUGUAUCGAUGCCACCUCGAGAGCCUAGAGCCACCAGCCCCCGUCCCGGUCCAGACAACCCUAUCGCUAUGAAGGCCAUUGGUGCAAAGCCAAUUAAACGCCGAGGUGACUCGGACGUCUAUACUGUCUCCAUCCUCGGCAACCUCAACACCGGUGCCCUCAUCAUGGACUCCCUCGAAAUCUUGAGAAGACAUGCCACGAAGCCCAUCUUUCCAAACAACUCAAAACCCUUGAUACGCGCCACCCGUUUAAGCCUCCUUCAACCUGUUCUUAAGUUUAUCUUUGCACGUUGCA